UGCUGUUGCUGUGACUUUGGCAACCAAGUUCGAUGAAGGGUGUUCGCCAAUGGCGGAGUUUUUCAGGCGCCGCAGUAACACAUAAAAAAAUUCCAUAUAAAAGGAAGGAAAAACUUUGAUCAAAUUCUGGCUCUUUAGUAUCCGAAAACUCAUGGUUCAAGCUCAAUUAUCAUCGUUGUUUACGAAGCAAUUGUCCAAUUUUGGCAUAUCGUUGGAAGAUGAUGCCGUCGAUUAUAUUACCAGUAUGCUGCUAGAAUCCUCGCUCGAUGACCCAGAUGAGCUUCGGGAAGCAACGGAACCCUUCUUGAUUGAUGCCUCUAUGGAGCAGUCGCAACUGGAUGCCUUUUAUAAAGCCCUGUCCCGAGAAAUGGGACCUUCCGAAACUGGCAAUGCAGCCUCCACUCCCGCACAGCGGCUUCCUGUUGCCAAACAGCCCUCGUCCACCUCACCUGUGGCCAAACCUGUCCAAAAUUCUGACUCCGAGACUCCAUCGUUGGAUAAGGCCGACGAUAAGCUCGCAUCACCCUCCAAAGAUCUCGCACGGAAACGAAAUAAGCGACGCGGCAAGAACAAAAAUGCCGGAGCCGAAGAAGAUGAAGUGGAGGAAGCCAACAUUGUCGCCACUUCACAGCAAAGCCGAUUUCAUCUCGAGACAUUGGAAACAAAUUCCAUGGACAUUGAUCUGCCGACAGUGAAUAUUACGGUCAAUAACUUGGAUCUACUUGUGGACGCUCAUCUUAAACUGAAGCCUGGCGUGCGUUAUGGUCUUGUUGGUCAAAAUGGCGUUGGAAAGUCAGUGCUACUCAAAUGUUUAGGCGAAAAUAUUCUCAUUGGGUUACCGCAAAAUCUACAUAUUCUUCAUAUUUCCCAGUUGGAAGACUUUGACGCGAAUACCACUGUAAAGGAAGAAGUUCUCGCCUCUGACAAGGCUACUACAGCUGCAUUGGAAGAAGCGAAUGCUUUAACAAGUGUCAUGGGUUCCACCAAAGCAGCCGAAGUUUCCGGUGUCAAAGUCAGCGAAGCCGUCUUUGAUAUCGUUGUCAAGCGACUUGCUCAAAGGGUCGACGACGCCUCCCGCCUUGCCACCAAGCGUUCAGGUGCGAGGGGUCGUGAAGCAAGGCAGCAACUCGUCCAAUUGGAGGAAGAGUUUGCCCAACUGAAAAAGCAGGAUCCGCAUACCUAUGUGACCCCCCAGAUGACCAAUGAUAUCAUCAGCCAAGUGUUUGAACGCGCAGAACUGGUCAACAUGGAAGCGCGGCGUGCCAAGGCCAGUAAGGUGCUCAAAGGUCUCGGAUUCAGCGAUCGCGAAAUGGAAGCUCCCGUCUCCACCUUUUCGGGAGGCUGGCGUAUGAGAAUUGCUUUGGCGAAAGCUUUGUUCUUGGAACCGAAUAUUCUGCUGCUUGACGAACCGACCAACCAUUUGGAUUUAUCUGCUAUUUUAUGGUUGCAGGAGUACCUUAUCAAUGAAACAGAUGACCUGACUGUCGUGGUGGUAUCCCACGAUCGCGAAUUCUUGAAUGCUGUUACCGAGGAAACGAUUAUUUUCAAGGACAAGCAGUUGAAAUAUCACGCUGGCAAUUUCGAGGAUUACGAGAGAAAUUCGGAAGAACAACGGAUCAGAAAGCAGACAAUGCUCGAUGCCCAAGAAAAGCGAAAGAAGCAAAUUCUUGCCAGUAUUCAGCAUAAUGCGCAGCAAGCCAAAGCCACUGGCGAUGACAAGCGACACGGAAUGAUCGCAUCACGGAAAAAGAAACUGGAGCGACUUGGUAUGGAAAAAACUGAGGACGGCAAACGGUUCAAAUUGAACAAUCGUGCUGGUUACUUUUUAUCCACCCACGAGCAGAUCGUCGUUGAAAAAGCGAGCAAAUCUGCUUCUAUCAAAAUCCCUGAUCCAACCCCUUUACGUUACCACGGUCCUGUUUUUUCCAUGAAGUCCGUUUCCUUCCGGUAUCCUAAAGCGACCAGCGAUAUCAUUCACAACUUCUCUAUCAAUAUUGGCAUGACCUCGCGUAUCACUUUUCUUGGAACAAACGGCAGUGGUAAAACAACGUUACUGAACCUACUGACGGGAAAAUUGCAACCGACUUCAGGAGAAGUGUAUCGACAUCCACUUUUGCGCAUCGGCUAUUUCUCCCAAAACGUGGUCGAUCAGCUGGAUAUGGACCGUACGCCUGUGGAAGAAAUGAUGCGACAGUACCCCUCGCUUAGCGAGCAAGACUGUCGCGCCCAUUUUGGUACGGUCGGUAUCAGUGGAAACGUGGUGUUGCGGAAAAUCAAGAGUUUGAGUGGUGGGCAACGUAGUCGUGUGGCUUUUGCCAUGACACUAUACGAGUUACCGCAUGUCUUGAUUCUCGAUGAAAUCACGAAUCAUCUUGAUAUGGGUACGAUCGAUAAUUUCGUUGAAGCGUUGGCGGGUUUCCAGGGCGCUCUGAUCCUUGUGAGUCACGAUGUAUGGUUCCUGAAACAACUAAUGGAAACGUUGCCUGAAGAGGAAGAAGACGAAGAAGUGGCGGUACAAGACGAUAUUGUUUAUUAUGAAGUCAAAGGUGGACGAGUCAAACGCUGGGAAGACGAUAUUGAUGCUUAUGUUGGUUCGGUGCUCAAGCAUGUCCGAAAAACGCGCUUCUAACCCAGUCGGCCAUGACUGGUUUUGUUGGAUUUCUGUAUAUACCUUGUCUGAUUACCGCUAUUGUCCUUUUCUUAACUUCGCUUCUUGUCUCUAUAUGUCGCUAAUAAAAAUAAGCGUUCUUAUGGCUUAUGGCGAUCUUCAUCAUGAUCGAUUCAACUUUUUCCUGCUGUUGUUUAAAUUUCUGGAAGUACAUUACGAUUGCAUAUUGUUCACCCUUCACAUAAGAACACAGAAAUACACUGUAAAGAGGAAAGAAUUUUGAGUUUUUUACUGCCC